AAGAGCAAUAAGCGGGGUCGGUUACGAGGAGAAUCAAAAGAAGCUCUUUAAUUUUCUCGUGGCAACGAUCUCAUCUACGUGUCAAAAUCUCACUCCCUCACUCCGGCGACAAUGUACCGAGCGGCGGCGAAGCGUCUUCUCGGCGGUGGUUUUACAGCCAACCGCGUCCUCCCCAAGCUCAGGUCCACCAUCAACCCGUCCUCUUAUACUUCCCGUCUCUGCACGUCGUCGAUGGGUAAUACUGAAUCGACGGUGGGUAAUCAGUCUGUAAACCCUAAUCAAUCGGAUCACACGGCGUCUUCUUCUUCUUCCACGGCUACAGGGGAAGGACCUCGUCGACAUGAGAGCAGAAAACCGAGAGCCGAGUUUCAGGAAGAGCAGGCUCGUGUUCUCUCUGCUUCUCUCCGUCACGUGCCGAGAUUAGGUUGGACAGAGGAAGCGAUGAUGGCUGGUUCAAGAGAUGUUGGUGUGUCUCCUUCGAUUGUAGGGUCUUUCUCCAGGAAAGAAGCUGCACUUGUUGAGUUCUUCAUGGAUGAAUGCCUGCAAUUGCUUAUGGAUAGAGUAGACUCUGGAUUGGAUUUGGAAAACCUGAUCCCUAGUGAACGUAUCUCCAAGCUCAUCAGAAUUCGCCUAGAAAUGCAGGUCCCUUACAUGUCAAAAUGGCCUCAAGCUCUCAGCAUCCAAGCGCAUCCUGUAAACGUCCCAACCAGUUUUAAGCAACGGGCAAUGCUAGUUGAUGAGAUAUGGCAUGCUGUUGGAGAUGGAACCUCGGAUUUAGAUUGGUAUGUCAAGCGCACCAUUCUUGGAGGAGUUUACUCAACCACCGAGAUUUACAUGCUUACCGAUGACUCCCCAGAGUAUCGAGAUACAUGGGCAUUCUUGGAUGACAGAGUUAAAGAUGCUUUUGAUCUGAAGAAAAGUAUACAAGAGGCCAAGUAUUUUGCAGAAGACAUCGGAGCGGGAGUUGGGAAAUCGGUUCAAGGACUGAUGAAUGGAGUUAUGCAGACGAUGUCCAGAAGGGGUGGUAGCUCUGCGUUUUGAAAGAUGACACCUUUAUACAAUGAAACUUUUUCAUACUUUAAGAUUCUCCAAUAUUUUGAGUUGAGAUAUGCUAUAAUAAUAUGUAUGACUUGAAAGUGUAUAAACAUUUUGUUUGUCUUCUACUUUUGAAUAAAACCAUCGAGUUUGGAACGUUGA